AUGGUGGCAGGCCCCGGCCGCCCGCGCGGGUCCUGCGCCGGAGGCCAGGGGCGGAAAGGCGGCCGCCCGGCGGUCCGGCGGGUUUCAAGCGCCCAGCGCAGCGCGGAUUGGACGAGGCGGGCGGCAAAUGGGAGGCGGGCAGAGGGGCGCUCCGAGCGGCCAGGGCGCGCGCCUCUGCUCGGCGGCGCGCGCUCCCGGGGCCCGGCCGCUCGCGCGUCGCCAGCCUCGUUAUUUAGGUCAAUCGGGGAGCACCGCAAAAGGCAGGCGGGGGGAGGGGAGGGGCUCGCCGGCUGCCACUCGGGGCCAGAGGAGGCCGGCCCCAUCCCCGCCCGCCCAUUGGUCCUCCUGGAGCCGAGGACGGGCCGGCCCACCAAUGGCAGCCUCCGCCGUGGAAAGAGGCCGGCGACGAGAAGGGGGCCCUGGGCUGCUCCCCGUGGACGAGCUCCCCUCCCCCCGCCGUCGGAACCCCCCCCCCUCACUGCCGGGCAUCGCCCGCGUCCGCCUCCAGCGCCCGGGCCGGCAGCCCGGGGGGGGGAGGGGGGCGGGAGGCUGCUGGGGGCUGCCCCGCGCUGGCCGGAGGGGCCGCGGGAGGGGAGGGGAGGGGAGGGGGCAUCCGCGCGGCCUCCCAGCCGGCGCCGCCGCCGGUCGCGUGAGUGGCCGAGGGGCGCCGUCGGGGAGCCGUCGGGAGGGUGCGCCGCUGCCUCGCCGGCUGUAACCCCGGGGCUGGCCGGGACCAGCCAGAGAGGAGCCCAGGAGCCUGGGCAGCGUUCGGCCCCCAGUCCGGCCGGCUCCCGCCGGAGAGCCGGAGAGGAGCCCGCCCCGCCUCCCCAGGGAAACUCGCCGGGGCGGCCCCCGGCCGGGAGUCCUGCGCCAGGGGGGCAGCAGUCGCCAGGCCGCCGGAGAGAAGAAGCCUUCCGGCUCCGGACGGGCAGCGCGGCCGGGGAGGUCAGGGCCCUGCCCCAAAGAGCAGCUCUGGGGGAGCGGCGCCGGGCUGGGGGCCCCCUCCGCUCUGCCCCCGCCUGCCUCGCUGCCCAGCCCAGCGCAGAGGGGCCCGCCGCCGCCGCCGCCGCCGCCCCGACAGCCAAACGCGCCUCCCCGCGCAGCCCGAAGCGCCCCACGUCCAGCAGGCCGGCCAGCAGGCGCCCUCGGGCAGAGGCGGCGGCGGCGGCGGCGCCAGGGCGGGCGGCUGAGCAGGGCCGGGCCGUCGUGCCCCCGGCCGGCUUCUCGCCCACGAAGGGGCCCCGGACACGCACGAGCCAAGGCCGGAGAGCGCCGCGGCCCGGGCCAGGCUGGGCGGGGGCCGCUCCCGGGGCCGGCGACGGCUCCCCCUCGGGUCCGCCCUCGAGGAAGGGCCCGCGGAUGGCAUGCGGGGUCGCCUCACGCCUGCGCCACCCCCACCCGGAAACAUUUGUGAAUUGUUCCAGACAGAGUUCGUUCAAGAACUGGAAAGAGGACAGCAAAAGAAACGGAGACGCCCACCGGCGCGCCUCUGGCCAGGGAACCGCGCUCGACACCUCGGCCUUCCAGCCAUUCGGGUCCACCGACCUCGACUUCCAGCUUUCCACCCCAACGAGCACGCCUGAGGUUGCUGCCCGGACCCCGAUCCGCAGCCCGCGCCCCCAGACCCGCCCCAGAGACCCCGCAAGCGCCGCGGGACGCAGCCGGACGCCUCCCCGCCCGUCCUCCCUGCCCUUCUGGGACGAGGGGACCAGGAAGGCAGGAAGGCAGCGAGAGGGAGAGACACCGAGAAAGACAGAGAGAGACACCUUGAGGACUUCCCGUUCGCCGCGCUGGAGGUGUCUUGCAGGGCACCUGACUCUCCGGAGCGCCGCGGGGCUGGCCUCAGCUGGGUGCCCCCAGCGGGAGAUUCGGGCAAGGAGGACCUCCCGGCUGCUUCUGGCCCCACGGCUCUCGUGCCCGAGCAUCGCCCCGGCCGGCGGCCUGCCGUCCGUUGAGGACCGCGGCCUCCACCAGAGCGGGCCCGGCAGGGCCAGGCACCCCCGCCCCGCCCCGCCCGACUCGCCGGGGGUUUGGGUUCGGUGGCUGCUUUGGGUGUGGAGGGAAUUUGUAAAAGAAAAACCGCGCCGUUUGAAUGCUCCCCUGAUGUUUGCGCCUGGCGGGGGCCCGCAAAACCACGCCGCUCCGCAGAGGAUGAACCCCGAGCCCGGCCGCUGGACUUCGGCUUCUGGGAUUGCUCCGCAGCUGUCCGUGGACGAGCCCCUGAAGGGGGAGCCAGAGAGUGCCCACCACAACCCGAUCAGCUUGGUCAAUCCUCCUGUUCUCCCAGAGAUGGGCGCAGAAGCCAGUCUUCCCUCUAAUGUGGAGAACAAGCAGGAGGUGGUAUGUCAGAUCAAUCACUCCCUGGCCUCCUCCAGUUAUGCUUUAGUAAUGCUAAUGGCCUCCCUGGCCAGAGAUGAUGAGAUGUGCACAGCGCCCUGCACCCACAGGAGGACUCCUGGACCCCGUGGACAGGUUUUCCAGUCUUUGUUUAUUGAGAAUAUUCCUAUUCCGCUGCUUCAGAGUCCUUCAGAGUGUGAAGAUAUUCUGCUGGGAAUCGCUGCCGCCCUCCUCUUCGGGCCUCCUACAGUUACUCACGGGAAGCUGAGUUCUGCUGAUGUCCCUUGUCAAACCGGGACCCUUCCGGAAGCCACCUUGACCCUGAACUCCCGGCCUCUCCUGGGACCCUCCCACCCGCCUCCCUCGAGGCCCAGAGCUGCCAGCAGGCUGCAGGUGAACGGGGGGGGGGGGCGGCAGGCAUGCGACGGCGCCCCCUCCCCGGCAGUGCGUGCCCCCCUUGGUCGGCCCUCUGGCCCAGCGACGGCCAGCCCGCCCCGCCCGAGGCUUUCGGCCGCCCGGCUGCGCUCCCGGAGGGAGAGAAGCGCGCGAUGCCCGUCGGGGGCCGCUCUCCUGCGCUCCUUCCCCGGCGGCUCUGCUCGGCUCUUCGGCCUCUCCCCGGAGCUCCUCUGGCGGCCGCAGCCCGGGGACCCCUUCGGACGCCCCGGAGACUUCCCGGGCCAUCCCGUCGCCUGCUGUGCCGCAGCCCUGGCGGGGGAGCCAUCCGAGGCUCCCCCCCCCCCAGGAGAAGGCCCCCAUCCGAGGGCCGCCAAGCCGCGCAGGCGUCCGCUUGCUGGUGCUGCCGUGCCUGACCCGGGCGGGAGGGUCUCUGCCCCGAGGGCCACCGGGGCCGGGCGGACCCCCGUGCUUGCUUGCUUGCCCGCCCCCCGGCCUGCUCUCCCAGCGAGGGCCCCCCAGGGGGCGAGGGGGCCUCCCUCGAGGGGGCGCGGCCGGCGGCGGCCGGAGGGAGUGGCCCGGGGGGAGAGGGGGGAGCGGCCUGCCCUCGGGCCCCGCCGCCCGCCGCCCCCUUUCCUGCAGCGGGCUGCCUGGGGGCCCGAGGGGAAGGGGUCGGAGGGGCUCUCUGGGCCGGGAGGCUGGGGCCAGGGCCUCCCCUGCUUCUCACGCCCCCCCCCCGGAGUGGCAGCGGGGCAGGCCAGCGGCCCCCGCUGCCCCCCACGGGCUCCUGGGCCGACUUGGGGGGGGGACGGGCUCGGAGGUCCCUCUGCCCGUCCCGCUGUCGUCGAGCGCGGGUCGGCUCGGCGAUCCUGUGCCUCUGGAGGGGCGGGUGCGCGCCAGAGAGCUCCGCAGUCCCCAAGCCGAGGAGGGCGCAGGGCCCCGGAAAAGGCCAGCGGGCCCCCGGCUACUUUCUGCGGCCGGCCAGGACUGGGAGCCCAGCCCAGAAGGCUACCCCUCGCCCUUGGGCCCCAGCCGCCGUUUAGUGGCUACUUCGAGGACGUUUCAGAGUGGAUGGUUUUCUUCGGCCAUCUUUCCCCGGGAAAACCAACCACUUGGGCGGCUGUAGGCAGGAGGGUCGGCGAACCCGCCCCGUCGGCUCAGCCUUUCCCCGCCGGCCUUUGGCGGCGCUCCCCGGGGGGGCCGGGUCGCGCCCGCGCCGGCUGGUCCUGGGGGGCCCCCGGACUCUCCUUCGCCGGCCGCUACGAACUGGCCUCGGGAGAGCCGUCCAGGAGCGCCUCCGAAGAGGGGGUCUAG